AUGAGGCUCAUCGUCGUCAUCGCGUGCAUCAUCGUCGCGGCGACCGCGGUUGUCGCGCAGGAGGACCCGUGCGUCGCGGAGCUGGCGCGCUGCCGGGACGCGUGCGGCAACCGGGAAAUCUUGGUGAACGACUGCGCCUCAGCCUCGGGCUUCCUGAGCAAGGCGUGCUCGUGCGGUGGCGCGCUCGACGCCCCCGCGGGGGAGGAGGGCGCGAUCGAGACCACGUCCGAGACUGUUUACUUCGACGGCGGAGCCGUGGCCAUGCUCGGGUCGGAAGACGCGCAGGAGACGAAGGCCAAGAAACCGUGCCCGCACCACGAGUCCAUGUCCAUGGAACCCGCGCUGAUGUUCAACCGCAGGUUCGGACCGGGCUUCGCCUCCCUCUUCGACGAGCUCUUCGACGAGACGGAGGAGGCGGGCGGCGGGUGGACGACUCGGGGGAGGCCCGCGCUCCUCGGCCGGGACGCCUCUGAGCCGCGCGGCGUCACCGUGUCGUUCGGACCGGGGCUCGGCGUCUUCGGCAACGCGAGGCAACGCGCGACGUUCAACGCGUUUCAACCCCAGCUGGUGUUCCGCACCGUCUUCUACCCCGAGCCGCGUCCGUUGCCGUCCGUCGUCACGCUCUUUGACUUGGAGGGCUCGGCGGACUCGGACCUCGGCUCGAUGGAUCCCUCCGCGCGCGAGGAGUCCGUCAUGGGCGCGCUGCAGCGGUGGAGGGACGUGUCCGAACACGGAGCCGCGGCCACGUGGAAGGUCCGCGAGGAGGAGGAGGAGGAGGGCGGCGGCGUCCGGGCGAUGGAGGUGAACCGAGAGGCUAUGUCGCGCGCGGGUAGAAAAACGCGGCGGGGUCCCGAGGAUGAGGGCGGCGCGACGCGUCGGCUGGUGCUCGCGUUCGCGUCCGUCGCGCUCAUCGCGGCGGUGCUGACGCUCACGUCGGCCGCGCUCGUGUGCGUCGCGUCGUUGGCGACUCGCGCGUUGGGCCGGAUGUUUCGAGGCCGGGGAGAUUCGGGUCUCGCCGUCGACGCCGUCGACGUCUCGGAGCCGCUGCUGCUCGAGUACGAGACGACUCGCGAGGUUACUGCCGGUGCGCUGAGCACGGUGUACGCGGACGCGGCACCCGCGGCGCCCACCCCGAGGCGCGCGUCCGUGGAGGACGAGACCAUGGAGGUGAUGAUGCCCAUGCCCCUGGAGCGCGGGGAACGGUCGACGUGGAGGAGCGAGCCGGGAUACUCCCGCCUGUGA